AUGCAGAGUAAGGAACACCUCAAAGUCAUCGGUAUCGUUAUAAACCUGGGACUGACGCAUGACUCUACACAGUGUGAUCGCAAACUCCCAAUAUGCACACAAUGUAUCGGGGCUGGCAUGCGAUGCAACUACCCGGAGAGUAAUAAAAGAGGGUUUCCCCCAGGAUACAUCGCGGCUCUGGAGAAACGAUUGCUAGAAACAGAGCUAGCACUAUUCGACACUUUACACACGCUCUCCUUCCUUCAACCGACCCCCUUCAACGACAGAGGAGGCGACUUGAAUACCGGACAGGAGCAACCUCACAAUCUUGACACUCGACGAGUCCUUGCGAAACAAAGUAUCACUCAGACCAAAGCCGAGAAAGUUGCCGAAUGGGAAAGACUCCCAAUAGGAACAUCAACCCAGCGGUUGGAAUGGGUCCAGGAUCGAAUGUCUUUGGUCGGCUUACAUACAGAAUCUUUCCCAGAACAGUCAGGCUCCAGAAGACAGCCGCAAUUCCACCGAUCAAUGAGCAGUGGUGAUCUGGUUCAACUUCAACAACCAACUUUCCUGCAGUCUGGGUUUAUGCAUAACCAAGACACGGUAUCAUAUCUAUCUCCCGGCGGAACCAGCGAUGGAAGCAUGACGCGCGACGAAAAUACCAUGAUGCCACCACCCUCUCGGCCCGCCAUGCCGAUUUCUAGCACAUCAUUCCCGAGCACCGUAGACGGCUCUUCAUCAGCUACAUUUCCAUCCUACCAAACCCAGACCCUGCCACCAGAACAGUGGAGAAAUUCUCCCACAAUGGUCGGGAACCCAAAUCAGUCCUCUUGGCUGCGCUUGACCGAUCAAAAUCAUCCUUCAAUGUCCUCCAUGAAUGUGGAUGGAAGCAUCAAUGAAUCUUUUGGAAGUGAUCAAAGUUCUGGUGGGAGUCGGGCACAGCAAGUGUCGUCGACCCAAUGGCGGCGUUUUUUCUGA